UUCAACGAAGAGCAGCCAACGACAGCUACCCUAGGAUCACAGAGGAUUACUUCGAUUUUUUUUUACGUUUCGGUUAAAAAAAGAGCAAAGGAGACACCAACCAUGUUCGUUCAGCAAGUCUUGCUUGGAUGCCUGCUCCUGGUGGCGGCCACCCAGGCUCGUCCUCAAUACGGAUACGAGCACCCGGUCGGCGGCAUUGGCUCCCCGUCGGACAUCUUCCUCGGCGGCGGUGGAUCGAGUUCCUCUGGCCUCGGCAUUGGGGGCUCCGGCAUCGGUUCGGGCUCUGGUUCCGAUACCGGCCUGGUAGCCAUCCAGCCGCAUCGCGGCGGCGACAAGUACCUGCCCCCGGCCAGCACCACCCAGGCGCCGAUCAUCAACAAGAAGUUCUAUCUGGUGUCCGCUCCCGAGGACCACAGCAACGACGGCAAGGUGAAGCAUUUGGUGCUGGGACGUCCCCAGAAGAACUACCGUGUUGUGUUCAUCAAGGCCCCGGCCGGCGACAAUGCCAAUGUCAAGUAUUCGGCCGAAUUUGCGCCGCAGGAGGAGAAGACCGUCAUCUAUGUGCUGAGCAAGAAGGACAACGAUCUGGAUGCCAGCGAUGUGGCCACCCCGGCACCGACGCAGCCCAGCAAGCCGGAGGUGUUCUUCAUCAAGUACAAGACCGAUGACGAGGCCAAGCAGGCGCAGCAGGAGAUCCAGGGACAGUAUGACAAGCUCGGUGGCACCAAUGAGUACCAGGAGGACAACAAUGCCCCCAUUACCUCGGUGAUCGGCAGCCUCGAUGGCCUGAAUCCCGAUGGUAGCUACAACUACCGGCAGAUUGCCAAUCGUCCCCCGAGCGCCCAGUAUCUGCCCAGCCUGCUGAAGCACUAGAGGAUUACCACCGCCACCUAAAUACCCACAAUAUCAGCAGAAUCACCUCCCAAAAAACACCCAAAAAGAAACCCCAUCCCAGACCCUUGUUGUGUUGCGUAAUUUUAAGAAAACUUUUCUAUUUUUU